AAAAAAAUAAUUCCGAAAUCUCAAAGGCUGUUACGGUUGGCUCCUGGACGCUACUGAUUCGCCUCCAUUUCUUGAUCGUCUGAUAGCAUCUGAGGCCGAAUCUGUGCCAUGAGAUUAUGCACCAAUGCUUCUGAAGUAGCUUUAAGCUCAAGACGGCGACGUAGAGAGGAAGAGGAAAUAAGACAAAACCCGGAAGCUCAUUCAUUUUCGGUGUCGGAAAGCUGUUUCUGGAAAUGGGUUCGGCUCACAGUCUGAUAUGUGAAACAUAAUGGAUUGCACUGCAAGUGGCAUGGAUCACCAUUCCCUGGUCCUUAGGACUUGAUUCGUUGUAUGGUCUUUAUCAACAAAUCCACCGCCACUAUUCGAUACCCAAAAGAAAAAUGUCAAUUUUGGAGGAGAAGCCAUCGUCUUCUUCGUCAUGGCUGGCAUCGGAGGCUACGUCGGUGAUACCGGCUGGAGAGAUUGAUCCUUUGUUGAAAGACUUGAAUGAGAAGAAGCAGAGCUUCCGACGGAACGUGGUUUCGUUGGCAGCGGAGUUGAAGGAGGUUCGGACCCGCUUAACAUCUCGGGAGCAAUCAUAUGCUUUAGAAACUCUAACAAGACAGGAAGCAGAGGCAAAAGCUAAGAACAUGGAGGAAGAAAUUGGUAGAUUGGAGAAGAAGUUGGAAGAGAGGAAUGCGAAGGUUCAGGCUUCGGCAUCUACUGCUGAGAAGUGUCUCAAGGAGUUGGAUGACCUUAGAUCACAGCUUUCAGCCACUCGAGCAAUUGCAGAUUCCAGUGCUGCAUCAGCUCAAUCAGCACGGCUCCAGUGUUUAGCCCUUGUAAAGGAAUUAGAGGAAAAGAAUGGUUCACUGAAAGAGCAUGAGGAUCGUGUAACUACAUUAGGAGAGCAAUUGGAUAACCUACAGAGGGAUAUUCAAGCCAGGGAAUCUUCCCAAAAGCAACUGAAAGAUGAAGUGUUGAAAAUUGAAAAUGAUAUUAUGCAAGCUGUUGCAAAAGCUGGAGUAAGCAAGGAUUGUGAACUGAGGAAAUUAUUAAAUGAGGUUUCUCCAAAGAAUUUCGAGAAGAUUAAUAAGCUUUUGAUUUUUAAGGAUGAAGAAAUAGCAAAACUGAAGGAUGAAAUUAAGAUAAUGUCUGCUCACUGGAAACAUAAGACCAAGGAGUUGGAGUCACAGUUAGAGAAGCAACGGCGAGCUGAUCAGGAACUGAAAAAGAGAGUGUUGAAGUUGGAAUUCUGCCUCCAGGAAGCUCGUUCUCAGACACGAAAGCUCCAAAGGAUGGGAGAGCGAAGGGACAAAGCCCUAAAAGAACUCAGAGAUCAGUUAGCAGCAAAACAACAAAGUGCAACCAUGAGUGCUGAAGAACAAAAUUUCUGGGAAACCUCUGGCUUCAAGAUUGUUGUUUCAAUGUCGAUGUUGAUCUUGGUGGUAUUUUCAAAAAGAUGAUAUCAUUUGCUACCCAGUUCUUGUGUAUAAAAAAUCUGAUAGUUUUAUUUUAUUUUGGGUACGGGGAAAGCUACAGAGGCCCUCUUUCCUUGUAGAAAUGCUAAUUUUAAAGGUACUGCUAUGCAAUUUUAGCCUA